UGGCGUCGCGGCAUUUUUUACUGCGUUAUCACAGGCCUCGUCGUGCUACUUAGUGUUCUUUCUUUUGCAGGCUGGGCGAUGACUCGUCACCAACCUAGCAAAGGUAUUGCGGUUGUCUUUCAAGGUGCCUGCAGCAAGUCGAAAAUCAUCUCGGCAACCUCGCACAUUGUGAUCAACGUGUUGAGUACACUCUUACUCGGCGCUAGCAAUUAUUGCAUGCACAUUCUGAGUGCUCCAUCGCGACGCGACAUUGAUCGGAUGCACGCUCGCAAAGUUGUCCUCGACAUCGGGCUCAACAGCGUUAGCAAUAUAUCCAAACUAUCAUGGAACCGCAGCCUGCUCUGGUGUCUUCUCGGCCUGAGUUCGAUACCAUUACAUCUCAUCGGUGUAUCUGGCAGCCCACAACCGCCCACCAGCUGGCUGGAGCAGGUGCAAAAAGGCGAGCUGCAACUAGCUCCGCUUGAUAAGAAUGCCUGCAUCGAAACCUACGAUCAGUUCUUCAUGACACGCAACGCGAAUCUAAUCCUUGUUACGGAGAACAACAAUUCCCAAGUAGCAGACUGUUUCGACAGCUCCGUGUUGGCAACAUACCUUGGAGCUUACAACUACAGUGAUCCCAAUGUAGACAGAACCUACAUGAGUUACAGCUGGUUGUGCCGCAACGACGGCGAAGGUGCCGGUAUGCCACGCGCCUGUGCAAGUUAUUUAUCCGGUUGCAAUCUUACCUACGGUCGCUCACUUAUCGUCGGAAUAGACAGAUGUCUGACUCAACAGGUCGAGGAAAAGUGCACUGUUGAAGCGAACAUGUACCUGCUCUAUACAGUCAUAGCUUUCGUCACUUGUAAGAUCAUAGGUAUGAUUUGGAUACUGCAAUUCUUCAGAGAAAAGCCACUGGCAGUCCUCGGAGAUGCUAUCGCAUCAUUUGUAACCAAAUCAGAUUCGGUCACGUUUGGGGCUUGUCUCGGACCUCCACAAAUGUUUCAAGAACAUGGCAACUGGCAAGGGGCGCGAAAGUGGCAGCCGCGGUCUCGGAGAUGGGCAGCUGCAGCAAGCGUCUCACAAUGGCUUGUUUGUCUUGGACUAUGCUUUUCUGCUAUCGGGGGAGCAAUUGCUCUGCUGGUAACCGCGAUUGGUGACGUACCUGAAGGCGCUCUUGGGCGUUCAGCUUUCGGGACUAUCAACCCGGCAUUCAUGCUGAUGAACGUCGUGAAGGGGAAGGGCAACUCCGCCUCUUCAAUAGUGUCCGCUAUCCUUCUCGCUAAUACACCCCAGCUCAUAAUCAGCUUGAUCUACAUCUCGUACAACUCUGUUUGGACGUCAAUGCUGAUGAGCCUCGAAUGGAGCCAGUACGCCCACACACGUCGUCCACUGCGCGUAAGUUAUCCAUCGGGCGCACAACGGUCAACAUACCGCCUACAGAUACCAUAUCGAUACGGAGUUCCUCUCAUGACCCUCAUUGGCUCCAUCCAUUGGCUCAUCUCUCAGAGUAUCUUCUUGGUCCGAAUACGAGUUUUCAGCGCGGAAGGCGUGGAGGAUGUGGACGAUAGCAUAACCACGUGUGGAUAUUCUUUGAAAGCAUUGAUAGCUACUAUUGUUGUCGGUGGAGUCGCAGCUUUAGCUAUUAUAAUGUUUGGCUGCCGAGGUUACAGACCAGGAAUGACUUUAGUCAGGUCUAACAGUGCUGCUAUCAGCGCUGCUUGCCACACACAAUCUGGGGAGGAUGACGACGAGGGAGCAGCCUUGCAGCCUUUACUUUGGGGCGAUGUGCUAUCUACUUCUGAAGUAGGUCACUGUUGCUUCAGCAAGGCUGAGGUUUCAAUGCCGAAAAAAGUUAGGUUAUAUGCGUAG